CAAAAGGAAGGCUUUCUGCUCAUUGGUCGUCCAAUCAUAGUUGAGUCAUAGUUAUCGUCAUGAAGCAACGAUUACAUGACGAUUACACUUCUGCACACUUGGUCGUGAUGCUUUAUUUACAUUUUCACAUCUCUAUUUUUUGUUUAUAGAAUGCAUUUGCGGAGUCAGUUCAAUUUUGGCGGAAUUUUAUUACAAAUAUAAACUUAAAAACAAAAAUCAACAUAAUUACAACAGAUUGCAGUACUCGAACGUGAAAUGACAUCAUCAAGCGAAGAUGAAACCGACGCAGUCAUGCUAUUGGCUCUCCAUCUUAAACGCCAGCAAAGAAAAAGGCGUAGGAGAUUUUGGGUCCACAAAUAUAUACAAAGAAAUAAUAGAAAGCGGUUAUACAUCGCCGCGCAAGAACUUUCCCAAGAUGAUAGCAAAUUUCAAUCAUUCUACAGAAUGUCAAAACCCACGUUCCAGCAUCUCGUGUCGGUUGUGGGUCCGUCUAUUCAAAAACUAAAUACCCGAUUCAGGGAAUGUGUUGGCCCGGAAGAGCGGUUGAUGAUAACCCUUAGAUCCAUCCCGACUAAAUUUCGAAGAGAUAGCUAAAAUUCAUGUGCGCAUUUUAAAACUUGACCUGAUGCUAUACUACUGAACAUGUUGAACAUUUAUCCCUUCAAAUAUUUAGCUACUGGAUGUACCUUCGCUGCACUUGCGCUGCACUUUCAAAGGGGCGAGCGGACAAUCGGUGCGAUUGUUGAAGAAACAACCAAGGCAGUGUGGGAUGUUUUAAAAGGUGACUAUAUGAAAAUGCCCAAUCACCAAGGAUGGAAAAGAAUUGCGGACCGUUUUUACGAGUUGUGGCAGCUACCUAAUUGUUUAGGUGCGAUCGACGGCAAGCAUAUUCGGAUAGAACAAUUUCCGAAUUCUGGAUCAGCAAAUUAUAAUUAUAAAAACUUUCAUUCGAUUAUAUUGCUUGGUUGUUGCGAUGCGGAUGGGCUUUUUACAUCGGUGGAGUGUGGGUUUGCAGGUCGUAAUAGCGAUGGAGGAGUUUUUCGCAUUUCCGAAUUCCAACAUUGGUUGGAAAGAACGUGUGAUAUACCGUCGCCCAAAGAAUUACCUCUCGAUGAGAGUGGAAUAAAAUUUCCGUACUAUUAUGUUGCAGACGCCGCGUUUCCACUGAGAAAAAACAUUAUGCGACCAUAUCCGGAACGAAACUUGGACAACAGAAAACGCAUAUUUAACUAUAGACUGAGUCGAGCGCGAAAAAACAUCGAGUGUACAUUUGGUAUGAUGACACAAACAUUUCAAAUUUUUAUGUCACCUAUUCGCUGCAAAAAAUAUUCGACCAUCAUAUCAAUUGUACAUUGUGCUACAGUUCUACAUAAUUAUAUACGCCAGAAGGACGGUGUGUUAUACUCCAGACAGCUAUUCAAUAGUGCCAACACGCGGCCUUCAAACGCACCAAUGCGUUCGGAUGUUGUGGCCACAGAAAAUUCAUCUCCACAAAUUUUAAGAGACUAUCUGUCAAACUACUUUUUGUCGCCACAUGCAGCUCUGCCAUGGCAAUGGAAAUAUUGCGUUUAAUAAAUGUAAUAAGUGCAAUUUUUAAGCUACUAAGACUUUUAUAAAAAAAAAAUAAAUAAACAAAAGACAUG